UAUUUUGACAGCACCCCCAGUCCUUUACUAGGCUUUAGACUGUUUAGUACAAUGUUUUGCAGGGGUUUCUUUCUACAGUAUGCUUGGCGAAUCAUUUCCCGUGCAGCUGGAUUGGAGGCUAGACUGUGCUGAACAACAUGGGGUUUGAGUAUUGGAAUAUGCCGGUGAACUAUUGCUUGCACUGACUGAACUCGUCACUUGGAAAAAGCAUGCAAGACGAAGUCGAGAACAACAUGUCUUGAGUCGUCGCUUAUUUCCAGUGCUUCGUUAGUUUCUGCAUCACGAGCAACGGUGGUGCAGCUGCUGGUGCUGCUGCUACCACUGGGAAUGCUUAGCUCCGUCGCCAUCACCUAAAACACAGCUCCCCAAACACGGAAGCAAGACACAAUGGACGACGACAGCGACAAGCUGAGUCCUCUUCAGCAACGCAUGGUGCAAUUGCUUUUCGACGUUUCCUCUCAUGACGUUACUUUCAUCUUGCCGGAUGAGCAAAAACCUUCUUCUAUGUCUGCGCAUCGCCUCAUCAUGGCUAGCCUAUCCAAGCCGUUCAACGGGCUGCUGAAUGGACAAUUUCUCGAGUCUGCAUCAGGCAUUGUUCCUGUGCAUGAUCUGAGCCUGGAUGGUCUAGCAAUAGUCAUCACCUACGCAUACACUGGUGAAGUAGACGUACCGGAGUUGGGUGUGCCAAGCAGAGUUGAGCAGCUCAUCUACACAGCAGACAGCCAGGCACAACUCGUCCUGGAUUUAGUGCGCUUCGCUGAUACUUGGGAAGUGCUGGACUUGCGGCAGCGGUGCGAGGUGUAUUUUGUGGAGCAUUGCCUGAGCUUGGACAAUGCCGUAGAUGUGUUGAAUAUCAGCUGUGUUCUGAGUCAGACUUGCCAAUCGUUCUUUACUACCGUUUGUCAGUACUUCUGCAGCUAUGCACUUGACAUAAUCGAGGGCGGCACAUUCACUCACCUGUCCGACGAUGCCGUGCGAGUGGUAUUGCAGCAGCAGACCAUAUUCAUUAUGUAUGAGGAGGAUUUGCUGAACGCAGUAUGCCGCUGGGUACAGUGUCAUUAUCCGGAGAGCAGGGCCAAGCAGGCCGAGCAGCUGCUUGGCUUCCUGCCGUACCUGCGCGACGGUAGCCUGUCAGCGCGUCGCAUCAUGGACAUCCUAGCUCAGCACCAGGUGUCGGUGGAGAUGCCGGCCGUCACCUCCCGCCUGCAACGCGCCUCGGAGCACGAGACGGGCCGCACCAAGCUGCACGGAUUUCACUUCGACAAGCGCCACGCAUCGACGGUGACGAUCAGCAACUUUGGCUGCAAGGUCACUGCGCUCAAGUGUGGCAUGCAGCCGGUGUACAUGGACCGGGAGUUGAUUGAGCUGCAUGACAAGAAGUGCAGGCCAAUUAAAUGGACUCUUGAGGUGGACCAGAUGCGUCAGUUUAUCUUUGCUGGAGUUGGAUGCCGCAUGGAGGCAACACAAGACUCGAUGUAUCCGCUGAUUGGUUCGGGCUUCUCCUCGAACGGUGAUCUCUACCAAGCCAUCAUUGAAUCAGAGUCCACGUCAGCCCCACGCCGCAUGGCCGCACGGCGCGUUCAGCGCCUGAAGUUCACCAACAACUCUCGCCUGCAGUUCACGUUUGCCAUCGGCGAGGUGAAACCUGGCUUUCCAGACCCGGCUUCCCCCGAUGGCGGUGUACCGUGCGACACCUGCCGUCUUGUGCGGCGGUACCCUUUCUCGUUCGAGCAUCGGCAUGGGACAAUUCGCGUGGAGAUCCGCGCAUCGGUCGCUCGCCAUUUCUCCGUGACUGCUGACAUCGUAGUGGCCAAGGGCGUUCCCCUCUAUCCCUAUGUCAUUCUGAAGCGUGAGGGUGACACAGUUAUUCUCACUGAUUGACGAGGAUGCGUACACAUCCUCUGAUACCAUCACCUUGCCGAUGCACGUGCACUCGGCUAAUACUAAUACCAACUACGGUUCACUGCUACUAUGGAGCUGGUCAGGGCGUUGCAAGGUCUGUAUGUUCCAGCCUUGCCACAACCCUCCUUGGUGACUGAUAGCCGCUGCACCUAAACACACCUUGAUGCUGACUUUCCGAGUCUCCACAAUUCUCAUCUGAUUAUGUCUAAGUGGGUGCGAACUUCGCUUCGCUGAAUUACCUAUCGAACGACAUCCAACGAUUCUUUCUGUCCACAUUGGUUCACAUUGGUUCUAUGAAUAGACAUAACCAUGGUCUAGCAGCACACUAUCGUGCUAUGUUUAUCCCCUGUCUAUUGUCACCCGUGUCUUGUCCCUUUCAUUCUGAACUCUUUCCUGGUCGAUGUACUGGUAUUUUAAUAAUGUAAAUGCUGUAUAUUCCUUCCGCUCUCUGUCUCUGUCUGUUGGUCUAUCUGUCUCUCGAGUAUAGCCAAUCACGCUCGGCUCAGAAUAUCCUGGUCCGUGGUGAUCUACUUGCUGUGUAUAGCAAUCAGCAAGGCGCGCUAUAUCUCUCUUGCUGUGGCUACCCGUAUAUACAGCGGAGCUUUUCCUUUCCCUUCCAGAAUAUCCAUGGUCCCCAGUCCCAAACUUGUGUGAAAUUCCUGGUGGCUAGUAACUGCUGUCCUAUAUCCAGUUACGUGCCCAGGGCUGGGCUGUCUACUAUAUACAUAAUAGCGUUGUGUAUGGUGUACGCCAGAAUGAUUGAACGUUUAAUAUCAAAUGCUCGCGACCUCCCUCUAUUUUUCAUUCAGCCUAGCACUGAGGUACGCGCUGGUACUGUGUCUCGUUGAUCUGUCCCAUGCUUGUGGAAUUUUAUAGUUUCAUCCUUUCGAAAUGACCCACUCUCUCUCUCUCUCUCUCUUUUCCCAAUUUUUAUCUUCUUUUGCUCAAUCCUUUUUGCGGAUUAGAGAAUAGCACUAACAACUGUUGUAAUGCUAGCCCCUGGAAUCACUUACACCAACUCUUGCUUUCUAAAACAGACAGAGCACGUUUAGUUCUAACUCUGGUGAAGAAUAAACUGAGUACUUGCAAGCACGCCAA